AUGAGUGAGAAAACAUCUUUAUCUUUUAAUGAUUUAUCAAUCACUGGUGAUUCUUGUUGUUCUACUUCUUGUAUGUUAGAAGAUUUCAAUCAACGUUUACAAAAUUUGGAGGAAAUUUUGAAUGAGAAAAAUAAAAAUGUUAAGAAAGAAGGUAAUUUUGAAGAAGAUGAGAAGGAAAUUAAAGAAUUAAAUAAUGAAUUGACAAAAAAUAAAGAUUUAGUAUCUCAAUUAGAAAUUGAAAAAUCAGCAAAUGAGAAAGAAUUUAAUUUGCUUUUAAUACAAAUUGGGCAAAUGUUUUUGGGAAAUUCAACAAUUAAAAUUAUUACAGAACAACCAAAAAUUUCACAUGCCGACAAACUCGCUUUAUUAACUAGCGAAUUUAAGAAAAUUAACGAAGAAAAUAAUAAAGUGCAUUUUGUGCCAAUUCCGAAUAAAAUAGAUACUUCUGAUUAUCCAUUUACAAUUGGCAUGUUUAGCGUUGAAAACGACAAAAUUAAUUAUAAUGGGAAGGAAGAUGAAGGUUUUAAAGAGAAAAAUUAUAUUUGUACUGCUUAUGGGCAAAGUUCAUUUGACAAAGAAUUGGGUUGUUGUCGUCGUAUUUUGUUUUAUUUUGAAAUAACUAUGAUUAAAGAAUGGGCUUAUAAAGUGUAUGAUUUUUAUAUAAUUGAGGAGAUCUUAGGGUUAUAA